GCCCCGCCCUCACGCUGUUCCUAUGCUCUGCUCUAAGGUCACCGCUGACAUUCGGUAGCUAACUCGUCAGCGGCCGAAGGAAGCGGAGGAAAUCCAGUCAGGACAGCGGAAGAUAGAACCAACUGAACCAGCCAACAUGUCUCUUUCCAACAAACUCACACUGGACAAGGUGGACGUCAAAAGCAAGCGGGUCAUUAUGAGAGUCGACUUCAACGUUCCCAUGAAGGACAAGCACAUCACAAACAACCAGAGGAUCAAGGCUGCAGUGCCGAGCAUCCAGUACUGUUUGGACCACGGGGCGAAGUCCGUGGUGCUGAUGAGCCACCUGGGACGUCCUGAUGGGAACGUUAUGCCUGAGAAGUACUCGCUGGAGCCGGUUGCUGCUGAGCUCAAGACUCUUCUGGGAAAGGACGUCACCUUCCUGAAGGACUGUGUGGGUCCAGAGGUGGAAGCCGCCGGCGCUAACCCCGCCGCUGGAUCCGUCAUCCUGUUGGAGAACCUCCGCUUCCAUGUCGAAGAGGAGGGAAAAGGCAAGGACCCCUCUGGAAACAAGACCAAGGCCACCCAGGAACAGACGGACUCCUUCAGGGCGUCUCUGUCCAAACUGGGGGACGUUUAUGUCAACGAUGCCUUUGGGACGGCUCACAGAGCUCACAGCUCCAUGGUCGGAGUUAACCUGCCUCAGAAGGCAGCAGGUUUCCUCAUGAAGAAGGAGCUGGACUACUUUGCCAUGGCUCUGGAGAAACCUCAGAGACCCUUCCUGGCCAUCCUUGGAGGGGCGAAGGUGAAAGAUAAGAUCCAGCUGAUCAACAACAUGCUGGAUAAGGUCGACGAGAUGAUCAUCGGCGGCGGCAUGGCCUUCACAUUCCUCAAAGUCCUCAACGACAUGGAGAUCGGUACCUCUCUAUUCGAUGAGGAGGGCGCUGGUAUCGUCAAAGACCUGAUGGCCAAAGCUAAGAAGAACGGAGUCAAGAUUACGCUGCCCGUUGAUUUUGUGACCGCAGACAAAUUUGAUGAGAAAGCCGCCACCGGCACUGCAACCGUUGCUGCUGGCAUUCCCGCCGGCUGGAUGGGUUUGGACUGCGGAGCAGAGAGCUCCAAGCUGUACGCUGAAGCAGUGGGUCGGGCCAAGCAGAUCGUGUGGAACGGCCCCGUCGGUGUGUUCGAGUGGGAUAACUUUGCCAAAGGAACGAAGAACCUGAUGGACAAAGUGGUGGACGUGACCAAAUCAGGCUGCAUCACAAUCAUCGGUGGGGGCGACACUGCUACCUGCUGCGCCAAGUGGGACACAGAAGACAAAGUUAGCCAUGUGAGCACUGGAGGUGGCGCCAGUCUGGAGCUGCUGGAGGGUAAAGUCCUGCCUGGUGUGGAUGCCCUCAGCAGUGUCUAAACCUUCUGUCAGCUGGAGUGUGUCUGUCUGUGAGUGUGUGAGAGGUGGAUAUCUCCUGAAACGUCUCCACAAGUGUCAUAAACACACCUGACCCUAACCGCAGAGAUUUCCCCCUCAGCUGAGACUUGCAGGAGAAUCUGUACUCCUCUCAGAUCUGCAGUCAUUUCCCAGUAGAGCGCUCCGUCUUACGUCAACGUGCUGCUUUAAGACAAACCGCUGAAAGUGAGAGCCUUCACACGUUUCAUUUUUGACCUUUUUAUUUCACUUAAAAAGUCAAAAAGUUCAGAUACUGUAAGUUCCCAGCUGUGAAGCAGUGGUGAGGACCAUGCUUCAUUUACGAACAACAAGCCAGCUCCGUUCACCCGCUGCAGCACCAUGAGAGUAAUACUGUACAUGUAGAGCUUCUGUAGAAAGUAUUAAUGUGGUGUUUUGUCUGUUGGCACUGAUUUCACCCGUCUGAUCUGUUCUGGCUAAUAAAACUGUCUGUUUGUGAUCGUCUCCUCA